GGCAGAGAAACUUGGCAUAAAGGAGAUAGUUCGUGUACACAGCAACUAAAUCCGAAGGAGAAAGUAGUAAACAGGGGAAAGAGCACGCGGUGCGGUCAGGAUUCCUAGCCGAUCAAAUCUCGCUCUUUAAAUAAUAAAAAUGCUCUGAACGGCCAAAGCUAGCUCGCUUUCUACUCCUUUGUGACUCCCUGAGCUUAAAUCUGCUGUUAUCUAAUUGAGGCGUUCGUAUUCCUCACGUGAGAAGUUGAUUGGUAGUAUGAACACGUGGCUCAUUCAAAAAGCCGGACUAUUCAAGUGGUUUUUUUUUUGCUUUCCCCUCCUCCCUCUCUCUCUUUUUGGAAGAGGCGGUGCCUGCGUUCUCGUAUUGUAACAUUUUCAUACUCCGCCUGCUGCUUGCAAGGGGUUUGGGGCAAAGGUCUAUUUUUCACUAAGAAGAUGAAUAAGCUGUACAUCGGGAACCUGGGCGAAAACGUGUGCCCUAUGGACCUGGAAAGUAUCUUUAAAGAGUCCAAGAUUCCUUUCACCGGUCAGUUUCUUGUGAAGACGGGAUAUGCUUUUGUGGACUGCCCCGACGAGAACUGGGCUAUGAAGGCCAUCGAGGCACUUUCAGGUAAAGUGGAGCUGCAUGGUAAACUCCUAGAAGUUGAACAUUCAGUUCCCAAAAGACAAAGGAGUCGAAAACUUCAAAUCCGAAAUAUUCCGCCACACUUGCAGUGGGAGGUCCUGGAUGGUUUGCUGGCACAGUAUGGAACUGUGGAAAACUGUGAGCAAGUGAAUACUGACACAGAGACUGCAGUAGUAAAUGUAACAUACGCCAAUAAGGACCAGGCCAGGCAAGCAAUAGAAAAAUUGAACGGAUUCCAGCUUGAAAACUAUUCAUUAAAAGUUGCAUAUAUCCCUGAUGAAAUGGCAGCCCAACCACCACCUCAGCAGCAUCCUCAAGGUAGACGUGGAUUUGGGCAGAGAGGUCCCCCUAGACAAGGUUCACCAGGUGCAGCAACAAGACAGAAACCACAAUCUGAUGUCCCAUUACGGAUACUUGUUCCAACCCAGUUCGUAGGAGCUAUUAUUGGAAAAGAAGGGGCCACAAUCAGAAACAUCACAAAGCAGACACAGUCAAAGAUUGAUAUUCAUCGUAAAGAAAAUGCAGGAGCUGCUGAAAAACCAAUCACAAUCCAUUCUACUCCAGAAGGAUGCUCAACUGCUUGUAAAAUUAUCAUGGAAAUAAUGCAAAAGGAAGCUCAAGACACUAAAUUCACAGACGACAUUCCCUUGAAGAUACUGGCACAUAAUAAUUUUGUUGGCCGACUCAUUGGUAAAGAGGGACGGAAUUUGAAAAAAAUUGAACAGGAUACUGACACUAAAAUCACAAUAUCUCCAUUGCAGGACUUGACACUAUAUAACCCAGAACGAACCAUUACAGUUAAAGGCAGUAUUGACACAUGUGCCAAGGCUGAGGAGGAAAUAAUGAAGAAAAUCAGGGAGUCAUAUGAAAAUGAUAUUGCUGCUAUGAAUCUUCAAGCACAUUUAAUUCCAGGGCUAAAUCUGAAUGCCUUGGGUUUAUUCCCACCUUCUUCUUCAGGGAUACCACCUCCCACAGUGGGUGUUGCUCCAGCCACUGCUUCCUCUUCAUAUCCUCCAUUUGGGCAACAACCAGAAUCUGAGACAGUUCAUCUGUUUAUCCCAGCCUUAGCAGUGGGAGCCAUUAUUGGCAAACAAGGGCAGCACAUCAAGCAACUUUCUCGUUUUGCAGGUGCAUCUAUUAAGAUAGCACCUCCUGAAGGACCAGAUGCCAAACUGAGAAUGGUGAUAAUUACUGGACCACCUGAGGCACAAUUCAAGGCCCAAGGGAGAAUCUAUGGGAAACUUAAGGAAGAAAAUUUCUUUGGACCUAAAGAAGAAGUGAAACUUGAAGCUCACAUAAAAGUGCCAUCCUAUGCUGCUGGUAGAGUUAUUGGCAAAGGUGGCAAAACGGUAAAUGAGCUUCAGAAUUUAACAAGUGCAGAAGUUGUUGUUCCUCGUGAUCAGACACCAGAUGAAAAUGAUCAGGUGGUUGUGAAAAUUACUGGUCAUUUCUAUGCAUGCCAGCUUGCCCAACGAAAAAUUCAGGAAAUACUGGCUCAGGUAAGAAGACAACAACAACAACAGAAAACAGCACCAAGUGGACAGCCUCAGCAGAGACGAAAAUAAAGGUUUAGUAAAAGACCCUUCAGAGACAGAUGCCAAACCAAAGAGAGAGAGAGAGACAGACAGAGAAAGAGAGAGAGAGAAAGAGAGAGAGAGAGAGAAAGAGAGAGAGACUAAACUGUAAUGGACAGGUUAUGGGCACCUGUUGGAAUGAUAUACAAAAAUUUCACCAAGCCAAUUUGUUUGAGAACCAGGCGCAGUUGGCAUACUGUCUCUGAGAAUGUAUUCUUUAGGCUCUCUUACUUUUGAAACUCAGCUUUAAACUAAGGCCCCCUUCACUUCCCUUUUGUUCUAUUCUCACAGUUUAACAUAAACUUGCUAGUUUUCUUUCAUGGUUCUUACUAUUCCCCAGCAGUAUUAGGCAUUGAUUUAAUGAAGCUUUCUCUUUUGAGUUCAUUGGUUUAAAAAGUAAAGGCAUUGCUCUUCUAUUCCACUUGUAAAAGAAGCAAAGAUAAUGAAAAGGUUUGAUUUGGGGAUGGGACUGGAGUUUAGAUCAAGGGCAUUAACAAAGAGGUUAAGUGUUAUUCCCAAUGUUAACCAAGUGGCUUUUUAAAAAACCCUUUGGCUGCAUUUAUAUACAAUACUGCCAUGUAUAAACUAAGAGGUUUCAGUGAUGUUGGCCAGGCAUAAAAAGAUGAAUAUGCAUUUUACUAAACUACCUCAGGCAUUUAAUACCUCAAAUAAGAAAUUAUUCCUUUUUUUGCCUUUUUUUUGCUUUUUUUGUAUUUUGUAUACUUUAUAAAGCUAAUAGUUUUUGAGCAUUUUAUUUUUUUAAAAAAUGAUAAAUUUGAUCAGCCAACAGUCUAGGAGCACUGCAGAAUUUAUUGUGAUGGAACAAGUGUUGUGGGUAACUUCUAAUUGUUGGCUGACAGGAGUGAGAUGGAAAAAAAUUAGUUCCAGAUUAUAUAUGAGGGUGUCAACACAAUCA